AUGACCUCAACAACAGAUUUGUCCUCGGCCAGCAUUCGACGAAAGCCAGUUGGUCUCCCUGAGCCCGGCAAACUCUCACCCACCGAAACUCCGCCUCCUCCACCAUACAAAGAGUACGAUUCGAAGCACUCGCCGCCCAUAGACCCUCUCGAUACAACUGCCAACACCGGCUCCGAGCGAAGCACAUCGCCACCUCCCCUCUCUGUGGACGCCUUUCUCUUCAGCAACAACAAUAUGCUGCCCCAGAGCGCCACCAUGCCCAUCCUCCGAACCGAGAUUCCGCACAGCGCCCUGGGUAUCGAUGAACAGCCUCAAAUAGCUAGCGCAACAAGCUCUAUUGCUCAGUCUAGCUACGAGGCUCAACUUCCCCCCCUGCAAGAAAUCGCACCGCAGAAGCCCGCUUCGCGAGAUGGCUCUCCCGACGAGGGAGCCGGCGAUCUUCGUGGGCCACGCAAGCUGCGUAAGAACUCGGGCAGCCCAAAGCGGCCUCGUGCAAACUCAUACCAGGCUGGCCCCUCCAUCGCAGUACCUGGCCUCAGAUCCAGUUCAACUAUGCCCCUAUCUGAUCUGAGAGGCCGAAGUGUCUCGUCGCAUCCUACGCUCUCAGUGACCGAGAUUGGCGCACCGCCUUCCAUGCCGCCGCCUCCUAUCCCUCGACCUUCCUCGCGAGGACCCUCGCCAAAGCGCACAAAUCAAAGCCCAAACAGAGGCCGCCUUCGGAAGAGUUGGAUGCCUGGUGGGCGAUCAAGAUCAAAUUCUAUUGAGGUCUCCUCGCCCAAUGCCAAGAUGCAGGCUUGGAUAAUGACUGAUGAAAACACAUCUGAAUACAACCCCACCUUCCUGAAAAAUGCGGAAAAGGUCCCGGAAUUAUGGAAUGAAAAUGGCCAUGUGCUCGUUUAUCUGUAUCCCAGAGGGAGCGGUUGCGGGCCAAGCUUCAAAGUCCCCGAGUUCACCAUCAGCUCAUCUUAUCUCUUCAACGAACUGCUGGCUUCAGAACCCUUCUCAGCGGUUGGGCAACCCCGUUCAAGGAGCUUUGGUGGCAGAGAUAGCUUGUCUGUCGAUGAUGCUAGUCGCAUUCACUCACCACCCACGGGUCAAUCCGAGGACUUCUCUAGUGAACUGAAACUCUACUUGCCGGUGGCGCGUCCUUCAGCUUCGACACAUCUGGUCGCACCCGGUGAGGGUGGCGAUAAUGAACUCGACCGCCUGAUUGCUAUCCGCAACCUGUUUGCAUUCCUGACUGGCCAACCUCUUGUCGGUACCAAAUCGCGUCCAACCGUAUUCAUGGCCUUUUUGGAGAUUGCAGAACUCUUGGAAGAGUACAGCUUCACUGGAAUUGAUGGCACAGGCUUCGGAAAUGCUGUUGACCUGAGCUUCAGCUUCUACUCCGACUUCCUGGGCCUCUCUGAUUGCAGACACAGCCGUGAAAAGACUAUCGAGGCUCUCAUCUUGGGCGAGCGCAUGAGAAAUGUGGACCUGUACAAUGAAGCAUUUGCUCAUGCUGCGGGCAAAUAUUCCGCCAUCAUCGAUCUUCGCCUUUCUUUAUUUGACAAGAUCUCGCCGCUCACUCGGCAGCGUCUCGAACGCGCGCACAUUGACCUGGUCAACCGUCAGCAUAAUGUCAACGACCACCUCGAGCAGUUCGAAUUCCCAUCAAUAUUUGCCGGCACUGCCAACUCGACUUCGAUUUCUGAGAUGAAGAAUAUUCGAUUCAAAGUCUGGCGAAACUCGUUCACCAAGAUGCGAUCAUUCAUGCUCAGUUACUACAAAUCUACAUUUGGCAGCUGGCCUCCCAAAGCUAGCAGCAAGAAGAAUCCUUUCAUGGAGAGUGGCUUGAAUCGGCUGGUAUUGAAGAUGCUCUACUCGGACAUGUGUGCUCUGUACGACUUGCUUGUGGAUAGAACCGACUUGACAUCGAGAGUCAUUGACCACAUGCCGGAGCUGUCAUCAGACCCUGAAAAGAUUACCAGAUCAGCCAUUCGCAACAUCAUGUCCGAAUACGAUCGAUCCAGGCCACCUGUCCUGCCGCCGAUUCCAUUCGACUUGCCUCAGCUACCGACGGUUCAAGCUAUCCACGAGACGUAUUCCAGCUUGUCUGCGAAGGAUCAAGCCAAGUUUGACAAGAAACUCAAAGAGCACGAGCUGCUUCUCAUCUUGAACAAGGCCUACAACUACGACACCAACGGCAUAAAGCUACCGUUCCUCGACCAAUUCAAAGAAUUCGAAAGUCGAGAAGCCAAGGGCAAAAUGAAGCAAGACAUUAUCGAUCAGCGAAUUGGCUACUGGAUCUUCCUGUAUGCCGUUCUUCAGUCGCUUCCCAUGUUGGUUGUUGAUGCGCCAGGCCUCAAGCAUACGGAGGGAACGGAGUACUUCUUGUGCCAGCCGCCCAUGGGACAACCGCCAUGGGCGGUAGACGGGCAGGUCCGCAAGCAGUGGUACGAGGUAGCCGGCGGUGGUGGCUUGGUUGAGCUCUCCACCGACGCUGUCAUGUACAGUGUCGAAGCCACGUAUCACCGCAGCCACUGCUGGCUUGCAGCCAAGCAAUGGGAGGGGCUAGACGGGGCAGAUCAGCCACCUCCAGAGCCGAUUAUGUCGCCCCUGGAGCCGCCGCGAGCCAUUUUUGAGGGCGGCGACGGCGUCAUCGGAAGUCCACCUCCAAUCGUUGGUCCCAGCACACCUUCGCCGCCUUUGGGGACGCCUCCACUGGCGGUUCGUCCACGCAACCUGUCGCCGGGUCGUGGUCGUGCAAGCAGUGCAUUCCGCUCCAGCAUUGUCAUCGGCCUGGAGCCUGUCCCAAUGGACCCGCCAACCAGCGUAUUUGGCCCACACCAAAGAAGUAGUUCACUUGGCCCGCGGCCCCCCAGCGCUUUCAUGGGAAGCCGCAGCAUUUCUGGCUCUAACCUCGUCGGCAUGAGUACGCCGAGAACCGGCACACCAACAACGAUAGCACCAACUUCUGGAACCACAUUUGAUGAUAUUCUUGCCGGAGGGACCGAUGAUAAGAACAAGGGGAAGCAGAAGGAAAAGGAAAAGGAGAAGGAGAAGAAGCCCUCUAAGAAGAAGGGGUUCUUUUUCUAG